CGUGGGUCCAUUGUGUGCUGUAGGAAAGCGACGAGGAAGUAAAUUUUGUUGUAUUUAUCGUGAGCAUUAUGGAAACAUUUAUUCCCAAACUGACGGAUAAGAUGAAAGGAAGUUAUUAAAAAGUUUGUGCCAUCGCGAAGAAUGGAGGCGGAACGACAGGACGUAUAUGAGCAAUGUGGGUCAAACACCGAGGUCACAUGUCUUGCAAAGGAAUUGGACAUUAUUAAAGACCCACCAGAAUUAAUGUUGGGAUUUACUGUAUUGUCUGAUGAAAAAGUGGUUGUUUUAAAUAACAAUAAUGAAGGAAAUGAGCCGACGUUGUGGCUGUACCAAUCCAAAACAGGAAAAGGGAACUUUGAAAGAGUUAACCAACAGAAAUUCCCAAUAAGAACUAUGGCUGCAGCUAUUGUCAGAUUAGACUCAACCAAAUGUGUUGUUGUUUGUGACAACUUGAGAUAUGAACAACAUCAGUGUAAUCAAUUUUGUCAAAUAAAAGGAUUGUCAUGCGAAUGGCAGCAAGUAACGAAUGACAGUGGACAUUACCGGUAUUCCUCGAUCACUGUUUUCUCCACUGAACACGACAGACUUCAAUGUUCUUUUCAUAUGAAGACAGGCAUGCGUAUAAUGAAGGAUUACAAAUCACAACGUUCAGCAAUAGCGCUUAAUAAUGAUAUACUAGCGGUGCUUUUUUGUCCAUUGAAGUUAGAACUUCUCAACAUGAAAACAGGAAUUUCGGAAUCCGUAAACAUGAAUUCAUUCGUAACAGAAAUGUUUUCUAUCGGAGACGAACAACCAUUUAUGACCAUGAGCAUAUCCGGAGGACAGACCCAUCUCUACAUUUCACUUGCCGCUGGAGGAGGAAUACGAAAACUGACAAAGAUUGACACAAACGGUCACAUUCUGGCAACGUUUGUAGAAGUAAAUGGCGUAGAACCGGGCCCGAUAGCUGCUGUUGGUGACGGCACUUUGGUGUUUAGCUACGAUAAGAAACUUCUGUUGAUGUCAGAUGAUCUUAAGAUACUAGCGACACUGAAAACUGGCUGUGGUGUCAACCACAUGGAGGUAAUGCAAACAAAGAAAGGAAUAUACCUGUACUGUCUUGAAAGGAACAGCAUUACACAGUAUUCACUCCAGUAGCAAAGUACUGGAAGAAUUAUGUUCUGAUGAAGAGUCGGGCUGUUAUUGUGUGAUUAAGCUUUAGGAAGCUUUAUUUCUUGGUCGUUACCGAUACGCAUGGCUUCAUAUUUAUUUGUGAUAAUGGGCUUGUUUCGUGGGUUUUCAUAUUGAUUGUGUUAUUACAUUGUUCAUAUAUUAUCACGGAUCGGAUGACAUCAAUGUUAGCAUUUACUUUCUUUAUUCAAAUCUUAUCAUCCCCCUUUUUUAAGGAAAAGAACAUAAUUAUAUAUAUAUUCAACAAAGUCGAAGUCAUGCAUUGAUUUUGUUAAGUAACAUGUGACAUGUUUUAAAUAUAUGUACAAUUUUAUUACUAUGUAAAGUUGUCUUAGCCUCAUAUGAACAAUCAAUCAAAUGAUGACGAGUGUAUACUACAACAUCUUCCGGUCAAGUUUGUCAAUCCAGAAUACUGGCAAAAUUUAUUCCUCCAUAAUUAACACCAUCAACUUUAAGUAUCACUUAAAGGCUGUAUACCUAUUAUGUAUAUACAACAUGUAAUUAAACUUUCAGGUUUUGAAACGUCAUAGAAAAGAAUUAAAUGUCGGCUUGGCCGUAAAGAUAUUGCUAUACCAAUUUGGAAAUGGCAUCCGAAUGGAUAGCCAACAGCUCGUAUUGCCCGUAAAUAUCAGAGCUGGGAGGGAAGUGUUCCAAUGGGAAGGACAUGUCUUUUUCAUAUAUCUAAAUAUUUAUUACAACUAAAAAACAACCCUCAUUUUUAGCCAGUGAUACGGCUUGUCGGCCUGUAUUAAUUAUUACGCUUGACUGUUAAGUAUCUAACGUUAAGUGGAUUUUUCAAGCGCCUAAUUAGAAACUCUGCAUGCGUUAUAAUACUUGGAUAUGUGCUUUUCCUGUACGUAAUGUAUCGUAUUGUACAUUGCAUUGUUUGCAUUUUUUCAGAUAUUUUCUAUGUGUGUGUUUAUCUAAGCCAUUGAAACCAAAAUAAUAAAUGAACGAUACUAGAUAUGCUAUUUUUGUUUAAAUAAAAUACUCUUGUUUCAUGCUAAACACGUUGAAAUAAUUUUAUUGGUGGUAUCUGAUUUUAAUUUUGCUUUAGAAAAAUGAAUGAACAGCAUGACAACAAGCUGGAAAAAUCUUUAUGUCAAAUUAUUGUACUAGUUCAUGAAUUCAUAUUGAUAAUGCUAACAUUAUACUUUAUUUGUACGCACAUCAACAUCACUGCAAUGACGUCAUGACGUCGUUAUUUUUAUGACGUGGUCUGUUAUAUUUUACUAAAUUUAUUAAUCAGAUGAAGAGUAAAUAAAUUUGAAGCAGGUGUGUAUCUUCUAUUUUGAUCAUCAGCUUCGACAUGCUAGGUAGAGUUAAUAUUUGCUCACUGUUUUCUGUCUCAGUCCAGGUAUUCAUUAAAUAAUUUCGUUGAAAAGUUAUUGAACAAAUAGUAAUCAACAUCAUUAAAACAUAACAAAAAUCACAGAUUAGAUUGGAUAUAUAUGAUUAACUAAGUACUUUUCUUAUAUGACCUAUAGAUAGACAGUUUCUCAUUGGUCGAACGUGAUCGGCGACAAAAAUAUAAAUCAUACUUCAUCUUCCAUAUACUGAGCUGGGCUUUUAAGAGGGUGUACUUAGCUUAAAGAUGCACUCUUACUCCCACUGAAAAUUUACCACAAGUUCAAGAAAACAAUGGUUCUUACGAAGGAUACCGUGUUAAAUUGGAAAGUAAUGUGCACACAAUACAGUAUGUCUACCUUAUUCGACUAUAGUAGAUCGCAGUAAAUCUUAUAGCAUUCACCAAUUAUUAAAUAUAUUUGCGAUUUCUGCUAUUAAAUACACGGUUAUAAUCUUGUUAUCAGUAAUUAAUGUUUUCUAUAAAUGCAUUAUUUAGUUAAGUAGUUCAAGGUUUAUCAGUACAAGUUUAUGUUUCUUAUACAUGUGUAUGAAUUGAUUUUGAAUAAGAGUGUCGCUUUAACGAGACUGCGUGGCGGUGGCUUGUUUUUUGCAGUCAGUGCAGCAAAUUGCAAUUUCAAUUUUGGAAAAUGAAUUUCAACGUGGACCUGUGUUGACAGCACUACACACAGAAAUCGUUGAGUGAUGUAAUGGUUCUGUGCACAGGGGACAGAAACAAAUUAUUUUCUUAUAUAUAUAUAUGAUGACAAUGAGUUGUUCAUGAAUAUAUGAUUACAAUGAGUUGUUCAUUAAUAUAUGAUGACAAUGAGUUGUUUACAUGUAUAUAUGAUGACAAUGAGUUGUUUAUGAAUAUAUGAUGACAAUGAGUUGUUCAUAAAUAUAUGAUGACAAUAAGUUGUUUACAUGUAUCUGUAGAUAUCAGUUAUUUUCAUGUACUUGACAACAUGAGUUGUUGACAUGAAACUGUAUGUAUGAGAGGCUUUUAAGUAAAUGACAAUAUGUUGUUCAUAAAUAUAUGAUGAAAAUAAGUUGUUAACAUGUACCUGUAGAUAUCAGUUAUUUUCAUGUACCUGAAAAUAUGAGCUGUUGACAUGAAACUGUAGGUAUGAGUGGCUUAUCAGUAAAUGACAAUGUGUUGUUCAUGAAUAUAUGUUGACAAUGAGUUGUUUACAUGUACCUGAAGAUAUCAGUUAUUUUCAUUACCUGAAAUAUGAGUUGUGGACAUGAAACUGUAGGUAUAAAUGGCUUAUCAGUUAAUCACAAUGUGUUGUUUGUAAAUAUAUGUUGACAAUGAGUUGUUUACAUGUACUUGUAGAUAUAAGUUCAUUUCAUGUACCUGAUGAUAUAACUUGUUGACAUGAAAUUGUACACAUAAGUUGCUAACAUGUAUAUGAAACAGAGUGUUGUUAAUUUAUAUAUGAUGACAAUGAGUUGUUGGCAUGCAUCGGCAUAUAUCAGAUAUUUUCAUGUACCAGACAAUAUGAGCUGUUGACAUUAAGUGGUAGAGAUGACUUGCUUACAUGUAAAUGAAAGUGUGUUUUGUUCAUAUGUAUAGGACGAAAAUGAGUUGUUGACAUACACCUGUAGGUAUCAGUAACGUUCAUGAACCUGACAAUAUCAGCUGUUGUCUUGUAGUUGUAGGUACAUGUAUGAGUUGCUUACAUGUAAAUGAAAGUGUGUGUUGUCCAUAUAUAUAUGACUAAAAGGAGUUGUUCACAUGUACAUGUAGAUAUCAAUUAUUUACAUGGAACUGCCAAUAUGAGUUGUCAAUAUACAGCUGACAAUAGGAGUUGUUAACAUACAGCUGUGAAAAUGAGUUGUGAACAUGAAUCAGACAUCAAAAAGUGUUCACAUAUAACUGACAAUAUCAGUUGUUCAUAUGUACAUGUCUGCACGAGGCUGUCAAUAUAAUUGUUCACAUUUGAGUUUUAAUGUGUAUGUCUUGAGAUGUUCAUUUAGAGCUGACGAUAGGAUUAAUUAACAUGUAGCUGUCUGUACGAGUUGUUCACAUGCAGUUGUCUGUAUGACUUUUUCAUCUUUAACUGUAUGUACGACUUGUUCAUCUGCAACUGUCUGCAUGAUUUGUUCACAUGUCCUGUAUGUAUUUACGUAACUGAGUUUUUCAUAUGUAUCUUUCUGUAUCAGUUGUGUACAUAUAGCUGUAUGUAUGAGUUGUUUCCAUGUAACCGCAUAUAUGGCUUCUCCAUAUUUAACUGUAUGCAUGAAUUCUUAAUAUUGAAUUAAAUGUAUGAGUUGUUUAUAUGUAGCUGUUUGUAUGAGUUGUUCACAUGCAGCUGUCUGUAUGACUUGUUCAUCUGUAACUGUAUGUACGACUUGUUCAUCCACAGCUGUCUGCAUGAUUUGUUCACAUGUAUCUGUAUGUAUGAGUUUUUCAUAUGUAUCUGUCUGUAUCAGUUGUUUACUUGUAGCUGUAUGUGUGAGUUGUUUCCAUGUAACUGCAUGUAUGGGUUCUUCAUAUAUAACUGUUUGUAUGAAUUCUUAUAAUUGAAUUAAAUGUAUGAGUUGUU